AUGAGAUUAUCGAUUAUCAUUGUACUUACACAUUAUGUUAUGUUUUCACUGGCUUGCCAAUGUGCACUACAAACCAGUCAAGGGUCAUUCUGCGCUGCUGACUGGGUGUCACGUUUGAAAGUGAGGAUACGUGUAUCUAAGCAACCGAUGCCAUCUGGUUCACUUCGAAAAGGUCUAAAUAAUAUUCGUUACACAGUGAAGCAUCUAAAAAUCUAUAAGAAGCCGUCGAAUAUGACGGCGACGUUACCGACCGACAUCUACACACCAUCUGAACCUGCUGCUUGUGGACUUAUCAUUGAAGCUGGACGGGAAUAUCUACUCGCAGGAAGAAUCCAUAACGACACGUUAUAUACAGUGCUAUGUGGACAGGUGCUGAUCGAUAAUCCGUCAGAAGAAAUGUACGAAAACGUACUCGAAUGGCGUAAAGUACCGAAACAAUUGCAAGAAAAGCUUGAAACGUUUAAAUGUUGA